UAGGAGUUAAAAAUCAUUUAAAAGCCUUUAUUUCCUUGGCUUAAUGCAGAUGAACUUCGGCUUACAUGAAUUAUUGGACAAUUAUAUGUCGUACAUAGCGUACAGGCAAUGUUAAGGGAUUGUUUUAUGUUAGAAAGACCACUAGGUUGUUGACAAAUGAUCAGUCUGCCCACCAUCAAAACCUGCAUCCAGUUCAAAUCAUCAGAGUUACUAAUAAAAGAAACGCCAUGUUAAAUGUUACAAAUAUAAAACUGUAUAUAUUAUCUUUAAAUAAAACCUGGUUUGGCUUGACAUACAUAUAACUAGAGUUAACCUCCAACUACUCCUAUCCCUUCACAAUAUUUUGGGUGUUGUUUGUUCAUGUGACUUCAUAUUAUGUCUGUCUUUGCUGUGACGUAAACGUUAUUUCUAUGACAUUGACAUGCUUGACUGACAGCAGCCUCUGUUAAUCAAUCAGCUGUGGUGGUUGCUGCAUCCCACUUCUAUUCUAGCCAGACCCCCCCUCCUAGGUUUCCACAGCUUGUAUAGCUCCAGUUAUAGAAAGUAUGUACUGAAGCCACUUUUGCGUUGGAUUCUUAUUUAGUACUUAGUACUCUGGCUGCUGCCCAGGCUAAUAUAGGGGUCUUCAAGGAGGCUGUCUGCAGCAAAAAUAGAAGACUGAGUAUUUGUGCAUCACGAAACCAACACAAUGUAAUGUACAGAAGAAGGAACAGGACAUAACAGAAGCUAAGAUCAAAAGCACAAACACCCCAUGAAUAGCUUAUUUCCUUCCUUUAGGGCAGUGAGUACGAGCCUGCAUAAUGAUAUGGCACCUGCUACUCAGUCUUUUGAAGUUAUUGGUACAAGAAAUGCACUUGAUUUCAAACUGUUGUAAGGUGGGUCUCAGCCAGCAUUAGGAAAGACCACACAGUGAUAUGACUGCACUCAGUUGUGUAAAUUAAAGAGCUGCUUGUGUCCUCAGAGGCUAGCGAGAGGUUCACAGUGCCACGUCGGGUUCAGCCUCCUCCCCUCCCCCUCGUCUGCAGUGCUGACGCAUCUGCUGCCUUUGCAUCAAUCAGCAGCCUCUAUAUAGGUACACUGAGAAUCCCCUCUAAUAACAGGACUGUUGUUUGCAAGCUCACUGCGAUAGUGAGAAAAAGCAUCGAUGAACAUCCGUCCUCUCUCUGGCUCUGCAUUACCUAACCACAGUGUCUGCGUAAGCACAGGCUUUGGUGUUACAUAUUGCUGCACGGAAACACGAUGUGUGCAUGAAGCAGAUGGUGCAGCGUUAUGCAUUCAAGGUGCAUGUGAGAUGAUUUUAUUUCAUGCAAAUGACGUUGUUCCUUCUGGUCAACAUGGAUGCAGCGGGAUACUGCUGGAGAUAUUUAAUUCAGCAUUAGUACAGCAGCGUGCCCCUCACUCUGCGCUGCCACCAGCAAUGCAGCUGAGCGCUUUCUAUCAGGCUGUAUCAUUGAGCACAGAGCUGAUGUGUGAUGUAGCACCCAGCAUCUCUCCGCUCUCCCUACACUCCUCUGCCACGCUUAAUAAAAGUUGCAGCUUCCUGUUCAGUGGCUCCACAACGAACGCUUCAGUUGCCCAGCUAGCACGAAGAGCCAGACCCAUACUCCGGUUUAGCUACAUGCCGUAUGAACUGCGAGUUGUUGGUGUAGUAGGACAGGAGAUGGAGAGCCAGAGGACGGCAGGGUAGAUGUAGCUCAGGACCCAGGCUGCAUGGAGAGAGGCGAAGGACGGUGAAACGGGAGUCAUCUGCAGAUAGAGAGGGAGGGAGAGGAAGACAGACGUCAGAAAAAGAUCUGCUUCUGACAGCACCACUGUUCAGCGACCAUCAUAGAAAGAAAACUACUUUCGCUUUGCUCUCAAAAAACUGUUUUUCACGUAUAGUUUGUAUAUUGAGGGCUUUAGAGAAGGGACACUGCAUGACACCGUUUCCUGUUCGCCGUGCAUCAUUCUCUCAGAUUUUCUAAGAUGACUGUGGUGUCUCCAUGCACUCAGAACCUGAUGGAUAGUGCUCAUCCUCACACUGUGCUCAGCAAGCUCAAUGAACAGCGCUCACAAGGCCUCUUCUGCGACGUUACCAUCGUGGUGGAGGAUGUGAAGUUUCGGGCUCACAAGAACAUCCUGGCAGCCUGCAGCGGGUACUUCAGGAACGCUUUGACGACACCUGAGACAUGUAGCUCCGACCAAGUGCUGGAGCUGAUGGACCUUAAGUCCGAGGUGUUUGCCAGUAUCCUGAACUUCAUCUACUGCUCAAAGGUGACAUCGCCGGGUGUGGAGGACACACGUGUGCUGGUAGCAGCUGGAAAAAGACUUGGCAUUCCUUUUUUGGAGAAGCUUGCAGAACAAGAGAGGCAGGACCAAUGUGUGAAAUCCACAGACGGCAUCAAAGCCACAGUGUCAAUAAAAACGAGACAGGAAGCUUCCAGGCCUGAGGACGUUGACAGGGGGCCACGCAUCACCAAUGCCUUCUCUAUCAAUGAAGUGUGUUCUGGGACCAAUCUUUUCACCCCUCUGGUCCAAAACAAAGGGGAGAGGCAGUCUCCAGAGGUGGGACAGCUUCCAUCAAGUUCUCCUACAACCUCCUGCCUCAAUGUGAACAAUGAGACAACCCACGCCCUCUCAGAGCACUCAUAUGCAGUGAUACAAUCAUUUGAAGGCAAAGAAAGCAGUCAGUGGGAUAACAAGAAGGUCUUUAAGCCAGCAAUAUCUCAGUCAAAGCAACUCAGUUACAGGAACGCAGGUCCGCUCAAAAAGCGCCACAGGCUGAGACUAAAUUUGUGUCGAAAUAUACUUCCAAGACCAGCUGAAUCGCAAGCAGAUACACCAAAUACAAAACCCCCGACAGAAGCUGAUGGUGUUUCUAAAGCACCUGUGGCAGUCAUGACCCCACCUCUUCUUAGUUCAGAAGCAGAAACAGACAAAUGCAAAGGACCCGGGCUACCAAUAGCCACUGACAAUGUUCAAAUGGAGUCAGAUCCACCAACCCUUUCCCCUCACACUGAAGAAAGCAUUUCAAUAUACGGAUGUGAACAAUGUCCGGAGAUAUUCACAAAUCAGGCUCUUCUCGUCGUUCACUCAGAAGUACAUAAAAAGCGUUUUAUCAGUCAUUUGUUUUGCAAGUUUUGUCACAGAAAGUUCAUACACCUCAAACGGCUGCGUAACCACGAGCAGGUCUGUCCCAAGGCUGUGAGAAGAUCGCCUAAACAGGAUUCUUCUGACAUAUCAACCAAAGAGGUGGAACUACAUUCAGAUUCAGACGAGCCUAACACUGAGAGCAACGCAAUACAGCUUCCUUCUGCUGACCUCUCCACCCCAGAGCCCCUUGAAAUGGACCAAUCAGAGCCUUCACAGGACGAGAAGGUGGUGAGACCAGGCGGCAGUCAGAGGAGAUACAACUGCAGUGUUUGUAAACGCGUCUACAUCACCUUAUCCAGUCUGAAGCGGCACGAAAAUGUACAUUCCUGGCAGAGGGCAUACCCCUGUCAUUAUUGUAAUAAAGUGUUUGCAUUGGCAGAGUAUCGAACAAAGCACGAAAUCUGGCACACAGGGGAACGCCGCUAUCAGUGCAUUUUCUGCCUGGAGACAUUCAUGACAUAUUAUAUCUUAAAGAACCAUCAGAAGUCUUUUCACGGCAUUGAUCCUAAUCUAGCUGUUAAGAAAAAAUCCGCUAACGGUGGUUUGAAAGCCAGUGUUUACCCAAUCAAACUCUACAGGAUUCUGCCUAUGAAGUUCAGAAAGAGAAAGUACAAGACAUACAGUCAGACAUUUUCAGAGGUUGAUGAAACAGGUGACAAAGCCCCGCCAGAGAGCAACUCUCUCAUCCCUCCGUUUGAAGAAAAGGGUCUCAUCAGUAAGUCUGACUCUGUUUCAUUCCCUCUGACAUUCAUGGCAACUCCAAAGAUGGUGUCACCUGUCAUGCCACGCAUCAGCUUUGACAAGCCAUGUGACCAAGAUGUUGACCAAAGUGAUUUGGAAAGAAAAGAGGCGGAGAAUGAACAUUCACCAAACAUCGACUUUGAGUUUCCCGCUAUAAGUUUCAAAGGUGAUCCUACAGUACUUAGUAACUCAGAGCACAUCAGUCAUAAUGUGCCGUUCUUUAACUCUUUGAAAACUGUUAAAAAGCUAGGUGAGCUAUCAGCUUCUGCAAAAAGGGUUGAGGAUAUGACCAAGGAGCUUCUUCAAUCAAGCAAUGGGAAUCUGGCAUACGAUAAAAAGGUAGGGGCAAAGACUGAAACAUAUAUCGCCAAACCUGCGUGCCCGGGUCCAUCUGUGGAUGGUGCCGCCAUGCCGCUCUGUCAGAUAACAGUGAAAAUAGGCAAUGAGGCCAUAAUCUGCCGCCAGAUCAAAGGUUCCAAGCUCUUCCCCAGAAAGAAAAGGAGAAUCAGAGAAUUGGGUGAAGAGGAGAGCUCCAGUCAGUGUCUUCCAACACGGGAAACCUCGGAGAGCCCUCGGCUCCGACUGAGACAGGAAAUCGCUUCUGCCAAAGCGCAUACGAAAACAUCCGAAGAUCCCAAUGACUGCGACACAGCCGACAUGCUGUGGCGUCCUUACUAUUCUUACAAAUCCAAAAAGAAAACAAAGAAGUUGAGGUUCAAGCACAGAAAGGCUUUGUUUCACGGUUAUCCUGAAACAUCUGUAGAUAGAACAGCUGCAAGUGAGGCCCACAUCGAGAAAAGUAGUUGGCUGAUAGAAGAGAGCACGUCCGGUGGGAGUGGAGAAAUGAAACGUAGCCUGAGCAAGAACUCCAGCCCGAGAGCCACCUACACCUGUGACAUCUGUGACAGCUCGUUCAUCACAGAGACAGGUCUGAGAGCUCAUGUUAUUGGUUCCCACCCAUUUUUCUGUCGCACAUGCGGUAAACAAGGUCCUCCUGGUGAGGCACCGGCCGGUGGGGAUUACAUCUGCAGCAGCUGUAUGGAGAAUGGCUCCUGCUUUGAUAAUACAUCACGGAGCCCCAACCCAGAGAAGAAGUAUCGCUGCUCCUUCUGUCCCCAACGGUUUCUUUAUCUUGCCACCAAGAGAAGCCAUGAGAGAAAACACAAGGAGACAAACGAGGAGGGAUAUAACGCUGACAACUUCACACCGUGCUCUCAAAACUCUGCACACCUGCGUGAAGAUACUAAACAAGACAUCAAAAUAGAAAACAGUGGCAACCAAGGAGACGCUGAAAUAAAAAGUGAAAGGGUGGACGAAGAAUAUCUUUCCAUUGAUAAAAUGAAUCCUAAAAUUGAGGACACGACAGGUGACUUGGUGUCUUUACCUACCUACCAAGACAUGUCAUACUCCAAAAUUAAAAGUCAGUUAUCGCCGUGCAUUGGCACAGUGUUUUCCCUGACAUCCUCCGGGGUGAAAAAUAAAAAGCCGAAAAAAAGGAUCAAUCCACAGCAAUCUAUGCAUCUUGUCUCAAAAAAGCAAAUCUGUGACAGAGACAGUGACGGCAACAAGGACAUUUUGAUGGGGCAAAAAACGACCAGUCACAAUGAUCUCGAUAAUUCCUAUAAACUCUUGAGGAGAGAUGACUCUGAAACUCAAGGUAGCCACAUUUCUAUACACAAGCCGGAGAAAUGGACGUGCAAAGAGGAGCCAUUUUUCUGAAGAUUUCUGAGGAAAUCAAUUUGCAAAAAAACUAAGAUACUUGACGUUAAACCACUGCUUUUGGGGAGGAAAUGAAGAGUGUUGUCUUUGCAGCCGAGCUAAAUGUUUUUGAAAGGACUAACAAUAAGGACCUAUGGUGCGUACCAGUUGUACUGGGAAGUUGGAAAUCAUAGCUGUGCAUGACGUCAAACAAAAGUUGAGGUGUUCCAGGUGUUGCCAGGUUAACUUUGUUAGCAGUACAAGUUGAAAACAACGCAAUAUGCUCUAUUUUACACACACAUACUCCGUAGCAACAUGUCCGCUUAUAAAAGAUGGACAAUAAUGUGUGUACGACUGUUUUAAGGGGACAUGAAUAAGACAGGAGUUGUAAUAGACUGUAUUUCUCAAACUGUUCAGGGUUGGUGAGCGUCUCCUCACUUUUUGAGCCAAAAAUCCAACUCCAGCAGCAGGAUUUUAGACCAACCAGUACAAAUGCAAUGCACCGCUAAUACCAGUAUACGCUGUCAUUUAUCUUCCCUCCAAAACUCAGCAAUGGAGUGUUAUUUUUGUUGAUAGGACCUUCUGAAACAGACUGCACUUUGUCUGUUGUCUAUGCAUAUAUGGCAGACACACUGGCAUGACUUAAAGCAAUUAAAUAGGAUGGGUACGAUGUGUUGGAGAAGCUGCCUAGUGUGGUGGCAUCUUCACUUUUUACAUACAUAUGAAGAAAACUGUAUGAACCGUCACACUUUUGAAUUUCAAGUUCAGUUACCUGGCCAUGGUGAGUUGCACUUUAUAGUUAGACUAUGCUUAUCUGAUUGUUAAAUACUUUGAUUGAUAUAUUAAGUUUUCGAAUCAACUAUUGAGAUGAAAGUAACCACUUAUGUUUGUUUUAAUAUGUAUCAAACAUGUAAUUAUUCAAAUAAAUGUUGUUGAUAUUAUGG